AGGUUAUCACUUUUUUAUCACAAUACCUCUCUUCUUCCAUCUCCAAUUUCAUCUAGAAUCAGUCCAUCAUUCAUCACACACUUCACUUCUUGAUGUCUCUUCAACAAACCAAAAAAGUCCUUACUUUAAACCCUAAAAACAACACUCUUCUAGAAUCUUGUAUUCAAGAAAAACCCAUUUCAAAUUUCAAAUUCUUCAACUUGAUUCUCAAUUCUCUCAAUCACGGUUUUUGUUUACUACUUUGUGCUUUCUCACACUAUGGUAUUGUACUUUCAAUAUCAAUAAGGAGUAGGAAUUAUGUGUAUAUAUAUUAUUAUGGCAAUUGGUUUACAUGGUUCGAUUGUGACACAAAUCCUGCUCCGAUUGUUACCAACAAUCCGACCCGACCCGAUUUAUGUCCCGCUUUCACGCGCAUCACAGACAGCUGUUUAAAUUCGCAUCGCAUCACAGCUGUCUGUUACCAUUCAUCAUUUUCUGACCGUUGGGGAGAAUGAAACCCUAAUUCUUCUUAUAAAUACAUACAAAGGCUUUUGCGCCGUUUUAAUUUCAUUCCUUAACUCUCACAAUACUCACUCUCACAAUCGUUGUCUGUUGCUUCAUCUCUGUUCCUUUCUGAUCUGCUUCGUUAGUUUCACUGUUCAUCGCUGUUCAUCGCUGUCAUCGCUGUUCAUCUGCUUCGUUAGUUUCACUGAAGUUCAUCGCUGUUCAUCGCUGAGAGACACAAUCAAUUCAUCGCUCACUGACCCAUUGCUUUCAUUUCAUUCAAGACACGAUCAAUUUGACUCAUUCUUCCUUCUACUUUCUACCCUCUUCACUCACUCACUCUCUUACUUCCAUUAUUAUUCAUUACAAUCCAUUCAUUCAUUCAUUAUUCCAUUUCAUUCAUUCAUUCAUCGCAAAUAUGAACCUUUUCACUACUAACAAUCCAUCAUUCCCCGCUGGGCUUAGAGUACUUGCAGUCGAUCAUGACACCUACGAUUUCUACACUAUUCACCACAUUUGCAAUCAAUUACACUAUCAAGUUACAUCAUGUUCUACCAUUUCUCAAGCAAAGCAGCUCUUGUCGACAUCACAUUUCGACAUCAUACUCGUCGAAACUCAUAUUCCACAGCAAGAUACUUAUGCAUUUGUUCAACAAGUGACUUCACAUUUGAAAAUUCCGGUGAUUAUGAUGUCGCUCGAUAACCGAACCUGUUCUGUUAUGGAUUCCAUUUCCAACGGGGCUUGUAGUUACUGGGCCAAACCACUGGAUGAAAAUCUAUUCAAAAAUAUGUGGCAACAUGUCGUGCGGCAACAUCUAGUGCAAAAGGAAAGCGAGGCUAAAGGGCUUAAAAAGCGAGGAAGAGAACAUCUAGUGCAAAAGGAAAGCGAGGCUAAAGGGCUUAAAAAGCGAGGAAGAGAUGAUGAGGUUCAUGUUUCUAAACAACCUCCGGCAAAGAAAGCUCGUUUCUCUUGGACAGAUGAUUUGCACCAAAAAUUUGUGUCGGUCGUGAAUCAUCUUGGGAUUAAAAAUGCAAAGCCUAAAAAAGUUCUGAAGAUCAUGGAUUGUCCUGGCUUGGAAUUACAGCAUGUAGCUAGUCAUUUGCAGAAAUAUAAAAUGUAUUUAGAUGGUGGGAUAAAAAAUUCAAAGAUGAAUCAGAAGAACAAUGAAACACAAGCACAGGAUCAAGAAAUUGAUGAAACCGAAGUAUUUUUUAGCUUGACUGAUUUUUUCCCCGAUCUUAACGAUGAUGAUAUACACAAUAACAACAAUGCUGUUUCAGCUGAGAGCAUUGAUUCCCCUAGCACCUCUCUUCCACAGCUUGGGCAAUAUUCAAUGACACCACCUGAUCAAUGUGACGAUUCCGACAUAUUUUCUAAUUUGACCGAUUUAUUCCCCAAUCUUAACGAUGAGAUACACAAUGGGAUGUGGUGACUAUAAAGAAGGCAACAUUGAAUAUCUCAUUCCACCUUCACGACAUUUGUUUCUAUUUUAGUCAUAGUUAGUAUAUCAAUUAAGCUUUAGGCUUAUGUUUUGUAACAAGGGCACUAUUAUAAAAGGCCCAUUUCUGUGUUUUGUUCAUAUUGAAUCAAUAAAUUUUUUUUUUUU